UGGUGGUGCGGUCCGGGCGGAAGUGAGGUGUCGCGCGCUGAGGCGGUUCCGGUGUGGGAGCGGCCGGGCUGGGCUGAGGCGGGGUCGGGCCCGGCCGAGGCCAUGCUGUGCACAGCCCUGGUCAUGGCGGGCAGCCUGGCUCUCACCACGGCCGUGGUUGCCCACGCCUAUUACCUGAAGCACCAGUUCUACCCUACCGUGGUUUACCUGACCAAAUCCAGCCCCAGCAUGGCUGUGCUGUACAUCCAGGCCUUUGUGCUCGUGUUCCUGCUGGGCAAGUUCAUGGGCAAGGUGUUCUUCGGGCAGCUGCGGGCGGCCGAGAUGGAGCACCUCCUGGAGCGCUCGUGGUACGCGGUGACCGAGACCUGCCUGGCCUUCACCGUCUUCAGGGACGACUUCAGCCCGCGCUUCGUCGCCCUCUUCACCCUCCUCCUCUUCCUCAAGUGCUUCCACUGGCUGGCCGAGGACCGCGUGGAUUUCAUGGAGAGGAGCCCCAACAUCUCGUGGCUGUUCCACUUCCGCAUCGUCUCGCUGAUGUUCCUGCUGGGCAUCCUGGAUUUCCUCUUUGUCAGCCACGCGUACCACAGCAUCCUGACCCGCGGCGCCUCCGUGCAGCUCGUCUUCGGCUUCGAGUACGCCAUCCUGCUGACCAUGGUGCUGACCAUCUUCAUCAAGUACGUGCUGCACUCCAUCGACCUGCAGAACGACAACCCCUGGGACAACAAGGCCGUGUUCAUGCUCUACACCGAGCUCUUCACCGGGCUGAUCAAGGUGCUGCUCUACAUGGCCUUCAUGACCAUCAUGAUCAAGGUGCACACCUUCCCGCUCUUCGCCAUCCGCCCCAUGUACCUGGCCAUGAGGCAGUUCAAGAAGGCCGUCACCGACGCCAUCAUGUCCCGCCGGGCCAUCCGCAACAUGAACACGCUGUACCCCGACGCCACGGCCGAGGAGCUGCAGGCCAUGGACAACGUGUGCAUCAUCUGCCGCGAGGAGAUGGUGACGGGCGCCAAGCGCCUGCCCUGCAACCACAUCUUCCACACCAGCUGCCUGCGCUCGUGGUUCCAGCGGCAGCAGACGUGCCCCACGUGCCGCAUGGACGUGCUCCGGGCAUCGCUGCCCCCGCAGCCGCCCCCGGAGGCUCCGGCACCGGCACCGGCAGCGCCGGCACAGCCCCCGAACUUUCCCCAGGGGCUGCUGCCCCCGUUCCCCCCGGGCAUGUUCCCGUUCUGGCCGCCCGUGGGCCCCUUCCCGCCCGGCCCCGGCCCCGCUGCCCCGGCCCCGCCUGGCACUGACGGAGCUGCUGCGGCUGCUGGAGCUGCUGCUGGUUCCCGUCCCGGUGCCGGUCCCGGUUCUGGUCCCGGUUCUGGUCCCGGUGCCGUUCCCGGCACUGCGGGGUCGGAGCCGGGCGGGGCCGGGGCGGUGCCGGGGCUGCCGCUGCCCCCGCCAUGGGUGGGGAUGCCCUGGCCGCCGCUCUUCGGGGUGCCCCCCAUGCCGGUGCCCCCCGCCGGCUUCGCGGGGCUGACGGAGGAGGAGCUGCGGGCGCUGGAGGGGCACGAGCGGCAGCACCUGGAGGCGCGGCUGCAGUGCCUGCACAACAUCCACACGCUGCUGGACGCCGCCAUGCUGCAGAUCAGCCAGUACCUGGGCGUGCUGGCACACAUCGGGACCCCCCGAGGCGCCCCCCGGCCGCCCCCCCCCCGUGAGAGCCCCCCGGAGGAGCCCCCGGGAGCCGCCGGAGGCAGCGAUGCCGCCCCCGCUGAGGAUGAGGAGGAGGCCGAAGGCACCGAGGAGCCCCCAGAGGGCCCUGAACCCCCAGAGGGCCCCGACACGGCCGAGCUGCGGCGGCGGCGCCUGCAGAGGCUGGGGACCCCCCCCCACUGACCGGGACCCCCAAAACUGACCCAAAACCCCCCCAAAACUGAACCGGGACCCCCCAAAACCAACCCGGGACCCCCCCCACUGACUGGGACCCCCCAAAAC